AUGAACAACUACAAAAUGGCUCCAUAUUUUAUAUAUACUCUCUUUCUCCCUCUCUUUAUCUCGGUUGUUGUCGCUGACCCCUCGGUUAGCAUUGCCGCAGCCUACAAUGCCGUCAUACCUGAUGGCUGGGCGCGUUAUGUGUAUUGGCUACGCCCAGACGGCAAAAUUAUGAUGCAGGCUCGAGACACGACUCCCAUGGAACCGGAGGAGAUUCAGCAAACAGUCAAGCCCCAAAAGAAUUCCCCUCUUGCCGCUCUCUAUCGCCGCAAGGACACUAGGACACGUGAGCUUUUCGUGUCGUACCUCGAUAAAGAGGGUAAUAUGAUUGACGUCGCGUGUCGCCAUAAAGAAGACAAAGAUGCCGCUUGGAAAUAUGUCGAUUGGAGUACUCAUCAGCUAAAAUACAAGGCAUCCUCUGGACUCGCUCUCGCUGAAGUGGACAAUGAGCUCCGACGGUUCUACAUCGACGAUGAGGAUUACGUGACGCAAGCGAUGGACGACAAGAUAAGUCGACUUGGACCAAAGGCAGCGCGGGGAUCUCAAGUCUCGGCUACAGUCCCUAUCGGGUCUACUGACAUUCAUGUCUUCUAUAUUUCUGAGGAUAAGAAAUCCCUUGCUUCUCUAACGUUUAACGGAACGAAUAAUAGGUGGUAUACAGACUAUCUACCCCCUAUCAAAGAUUUCACCAAAGAUCCAAAGUCCGGUUUCUCCGCCGCGGCCUGGUCAAAUUCCUCGACCAUCCGAGUAUUUUACAUCAAUAAAGACCGCCUUACCAGCGAAUGGACGUUAGAAGGCGGAUCAUGGAUCGACACAACCGACACCCUGUCGACCGGUCUUGCAGCUGAGCCUUAUGGCCCCGUUGCGGCUUCUCGCAGCGUGAAUGGCUCGGGGAGAUACCUCCAAUAUUUCUACACCGCGGAUGGAGGUCAGAUCAAUUACCUGGCUAAGAACUCUGAAUAUAGCGCUCCCUUCACGAUUGGGUUUGCCAAUUUCGAUUUUGACCGGGGUCAGCCAUACUCAAGAGAGGAGAAGAUUGCCCUUGGGGUUGGAAUUGGGGUGGGUCUUGGGGUUGGCAUUCCAACAUUGAUUGCUACCGUGAUAGGAUUGAAAUGUUGGAAACGCCGCAGUGGGAAGGACGUAGUAGAAACAAGCAGCAGUGAUUAA